ACAAAAGAAUCUGAUCUUUGGGUUUAGAUGGAGAAAGCGUCGAAGCAGAUAUACAAGAUGCUAAGGACAGCGUUGCCUAGAGCGGCCUCACCGAUCGCCUUUCAGGUCAGUCCACCACGCACGCCGCCACGCAGUCCUCCAUACAUCCCUCGCAAACCAUCUCCAACAACUGUUUCCUUAGUCCCCAAGGAGGCUCGAAGGAAGUCCAAGAAUGAGAGCCUGGAUGCAGCAGAGCCGACCUCACCUAAAGUUUCAUGCAUGGGACAAAUUAAGGGACUUAAAAGGAAGCAAAAGAAGAAGCUGGUGAACAAAUCUCCACCAACACCAGAAUCAGUUUCAUCGAGUCAUGAAGAAGUGAAGAGAAAGCCAAAUUUAUUAUCCAUCCUGUUUUUCAAGGGUAAUAAAAAAUUCGCGGAGAAAGUUAGUGCUACUGAGGACAUUUCAUCGGGGAAUACUAGGACAACGCCUUCUUUAGGAGAAAUUAAACAAUUUGCCAGUGGUCGUGGUGUGUUGUCGGAUUUUGUUUUUGAUGAGGAAAUGAUGGUAUCAGUUUGUGUGGAUAACCCUUUAUAUGAAGAAAAAGAGGAGACAGUGGUUCCUAAAGCAGAAAUAACUGAAGGGUGAAAUCAUCAAACGUCUGUAAAGGUAAGAGAAAGUCUUGUAAAUUUUAUUAUCUCAAUUUAUAUUUUUAAAAUGUUAACAUUUUUCAUUUUUGCAAAGAAAACAUGGAAUAGUUAAGGAAUCAAUUGAAAGUUGGAUU